UUUUUUUCUUUAAAGGGGAACGGUUUUCCACUAUUACUAAUUUGUUUAUGAGACGAAAUAAGAUCUUUCUUUAACGCAAAAUAAUCUAUCAGCAUGUGAUAUAUAACAGUGUUUAUAACUAAUCGAAUAUAAAUGUUUCUAAUACUACGUAGUUUAAGUUUGUGAGGAUUUGUAACUAGAGACUUAUGAAUUGGCGCGCAGCGUCUUAUUCUGCGUGUUUUCGAUGUUAUAUCGUGCAAAUGGCGGCUUUCGCGAUGUUUUGUUCGAUGUUUCUUACAAAUUAAGUGUUCAUACCAUUCGUUGUGCAUAAUUGACAAAGAGGUAGCAUUUGUCGUUUGACUUUAUAAUUCAGAAAACUUGUCGUCGACAUGGUGAAGCUUCAUAAGAAAUUUUUCGCUGGCGAUAAGGUGUUUGCGAAAGUUCGAGGUUAUCCACCGUGGCCAGCUAAAGUGGAAAAAGUUAUUGAUCCUAAUUCAAAAAAUUCAAAGUAUAGUGUUUACUUUUAUGGUACAGGAGAAACUGCUGUAUGUAAGGUGGAAGAGUUGUAUACGUACAUCGAAAAUAAAGCAAAAUUUGCGAAACCUAUUAGGAGGAAAUUUUUUCAUGAAGGGUUAUUACAAUUAGAGCAAGAGCUUAAAAAUGACAGAAGCAAAUCGGGACUUAGUGACCUUAAAGAGCCUGCUCUUGGGGAAGAUGCUGGAAAGGACAGGGAAAAUGCAAUGGAUUUACCAACAGUCAGUGCAAUGGACAGUGAUAUGGAAUCAGGAUCGUUGGUUAUUGACGAAGAAGAGAAAAAGAAAUCCAUGAAAAGGAAAACCAUGCUGAGUGCUACUAAUCCUGACACACCCGAGAUAAAAAAGAGACGUGGGAAAGCAAAAUCCUUAUCAGCAUCUACAAGUGAUGCAACAAGGCAAGAUUCUGCUUUGGAUUCACAAGGGGAAGAAUCACCUAAAGAAGUUGUAAGUCGUAGUGGUAGGAAGAUUAAACCCAAACGGUUUGCUGAUUUUUCAAGUUCAGAAGAAACAGAUGCUACGGAAAAGAGCGAACAUGGAAGGGGCCGUACUAAAGUCAAAAUUGAAGAUUCGAACGAUCAGCAAACGUCACCUGGUGUAAUGCAUAAGAAAAGGGCUACUUUAGAAAAAAAGAAUAAUGCUGGCGAAGCACAAAUAUUGGAAGGUACUGUAGUGUCCAACACUACAUCCAGUGACACACCAGGACGAUUUCUGCUGGCAUUAACAUUCGCUGGUGAAUAUGUAGGCAUUAAGUUAGACAUGGAUAAACCAAAGUCUUUUGAAAGUGAAAAAGCUCGUACACAGUGGGAAUGGUCCACCGCUAGAAAUGCUAUGAAAUUGAAAGCACAGUUAGAGAGUGGCGAAAUUUUGCCGGAGCAAGUGAAAGAUUGUUUAGAUUUUAACGUACACGUUCCAGAUGAAGAAAAGCGGCUGGUAGCGAAGGAUGGAGCACUCCAUCGAAAAACUAAUAAGUUGAGAUGGCUGCGUAUAGAGGCGCAACUUCUACAGUUGGAUGCUCAAAUAAAAUCUAAUCUCGGAUUAGAUCGAGCAAAUCCAGAUAAGUGUUUACAAGCGAUGGAUGAUAUGUUAUCGCUUCCAAUCGAUCCUCUAAUGUUGAAAAAACAUCCGCAUAUUGUGGAAACGGUUAAAAGAUUGCGGCGGUACAUUGGCAAUUUAGGUGAUUGGACAUUAAAUGAAGAAGAAGAGGCUACGUUCAAACAAAAGGCAGAGCAAAUCAGACAAAAGGCUGAACACAUAUAUAAUAAAUUUAAGGCCAUGUUUACUAUCCCCGAGGGUCAAUCAUUUUGGCAAUCGUUUUCGGAUCAAGUGGUCCAUUUUAAAGAGCUGACGAAGGACAUGCCUGAAGAAAAAGUAUUUUCUUUAAUGUCCGAUCCCGCUUGUUCAGAAGUUACAGAUGCAGCCAUAUCAGAGGACUCACCUGCAGACGAAAGUGGUAGUCAACCAGAUACAGAUGCGCCAGUCGAAGCAAAAUUAGAAGUGCCUACCAGGAGCGAGACUCCAAAAGAUUCAGAGGCCAAGUAACAUAGUGAUCUUUUGUAUCUGACGAUGUGAAAAAUCAUGCUUACUUUCUUUUGUACUAAUGUAGUACUAUAUGACACGAGUGUCUUAAAGCUGGAAAAAAAAAUGAGUUCGGUUUUUAACACUUGGAUAUCACCUUUGGAUAAAUUUUGACACUAUACUUUAUUUAAUGGAUCUUCUAGUAAAUUUUCUCUUAUUCAUAACACAUCCCCCUUGCAAUAUCUGUAACUGUGAAGCCCCGUGACACUAAUGAACAGCUUUCACUAUUUCAAUAAUGUUACGAACAUUGGUUAAUCAUAAUGCACGUAGUAUAUAUAGAAUAGAUAUCAUAAUUAUUUCUACUAUUAAACAACACAGUUUCUUUAUAAUUGCAAUUCCUUUUGAAUUUUGGGACAACACCAAAAAAGAAAAGUGGAAAAAAAAAUGGGAUAACAUGUAUUUACAAUGACAAUAUAGGUAUCGUUGUCUAAUGUCUCGAAAAGCUUAUUUACUUAAAUAGAAUAGACAUUAAUGUAUAUAUUGAACACAAAAUUGAAAAUUACAAUAAUUAUCUAUACUCAAUGAUUCAAGAUGCGAGGUGGGCACAAAUGUCAACAUAAUUCGGUUACUUUAAAAGUGGAGGUUUAAUAUCACGCGUUGAAGUUUAUGUUCCGUUCUUUCGGUUGU